AUCCUAAUCAUAUUUUUAUUAUCGUUUUGUACUUUUCGACUAAAUGCGUUUAUAAAUUCAAAGUUCAGUGUGACUAACAGUCGUUGUUUUAAUACGGAGAAAACACUACGUUCUGUUAUUGAUUAACUGUUUCGUGGGUUGUGAUUUUAUUGCCGUCUAAUAGAAGUGUUUAUAGUUCGUCACAAUGGCUAGUAAUACUCCGUCCGCUCCAAGCGACCUUCCACCCGCGUAUUCGGAGGUCGUCGGUAAUCCGCAGUACGGGUUCGUGGCUCCAGAGGGUUCGUUCGCAGAUCCUCACGCUCCGUACCAGCCGCCAAAGUCGUUUACCCCAGCGGGGGUGUACCCGCACCCGCCCAGCGGGGCCACGAUGGCACAACCCCAGCCGGGCGUGCCGCCGCCGCCGCCGGGCGCCGUUCCCGUGGGGAUAGUACUGCCGCAGGCAGUGGGCAGUGAGCCAACAACCAUCACCUGCUUCAACUGUGGCAAAGUAGUCACCACCAGAGUUACAUACACAACAGCCUGGCAUACCCAUUUAGUAGCUGGAUCAGUGUGUGUCAUCACAAUGGUGUGCUCUCUGUGCUGUCUCGGGCUGGUGCCAUACUGCUUCGACACAUUCAAGGAUGCGGAACACUACUGCCCCAACUGCAACACAUUUGUCGGAAAGAGCAACAAAUGCUAAACAUUUUUAUGAAUUUUUAACCUGUUACAAGGUGACAAUAGCAAUGACUUAUUAAU